AUGGCGCAGGUAUCAGACAAGGUGCUUGCGUGGCUGUAUAGCGUUCUCCACGAAUACCGUGACCCGCAACGAACAUAUUCCGAUGCUGCGCGAUCCCUCUCUGCCUAUCCCUCACUCCAGACACGAACCGAGACAUAUACGUAUGAAAGUGGUGCAUCGGCUCUGCUGGUAAUACUCCAUGGAACCCUGCCUGUUGAUUUCAGAGGGACGACAUAUCGCUUUCCAGUGAAGCUAUGGAUCCCGCAUGCAUAUCCGUACGACGCACCUAUCGUCUACGUCGACCCGGCGAAAGAUAUGGCGGUGAGACCGGGCCAACAUGUGGGCGUGGAUGGGAGAGUCUAUCAUCCAUACCUACGGGACUGGCAGAGCAUGUGGGACAGAGCCAACGUCGCCGAGUUCCUCGAGUGCCUACAACAAGCCUUUGCCAAAGAGCCACCGGUGAUCAGUAGAGCCCAGCAACAGCAGUACCAAAGGCCCAUGGCGCAAAAUCAGCAACAGAUGCCAGGAGCUAGCCAGACACCUCCUCGGCUGCCACCUAAACCGGGAGGCAGUAAUGGCGGACCUGUUGGAACUCCAGGAGACAAUGCGCCUCCACCAGUGCCACCUAAGCCUGGCGAGGAGUACGCCGAGUCGUCCCGAAAUCCUUUGAGAGAUGGUCCACCCUUGCCACCACUACCUCAUGAGGUGGCUCCUAGACCGCACGGUAAUCCAGCUUCGCAGCCUCCCAGUGGUCAAUGGCAGUGUUUAACACCAAAUCAACACCUCACUCCGAUAAGUUCAGGCCACCAGAACGAUCGGCCUCCUGGCCCGUCGCAGCAUAUACUGCAGCAACCGACAUUUCAGCAAAGAACGAAUUACGAUCGAAGCCCUGUCUCGCCCGUGUCACCAGUUCAUGGCUACUCCGAACUACCAGAGACUAAGUACUCCCGCCCUCCACCACUCCCGCAGCCACAGGCUCAGCAGCAGAUGCAAGUUCCAUCCAUGAGUGCGCCACAUCUACAACAGCAGCAUCGCCCUCAGCAAUCAUUUCAACAGCGACAACCACAGCCAUCCCAGCCCUUCAACCACCAGAGUCAAGUACAACAUCAGCAGGCGCCCCGGAAACAGCCUGCGCCAGAUCUAUUGACGGAUCCCUUUGAGGUCGCGCUGCCGAGUUCAUCUCGACAGUCAUUACCAGCACCUCCAAUUCCCCCCAAUCCUGAGCGGGAACACCUCCUCCAUGCCAUAACAGGGACGCUUGUACAACAGACACAGCAGAAAGUUGCACAGAAUCUAGCCGCAAUCGCACCGCUGCAGGCCCAGCACAGUGCACUACGAUCUGCUUACGAACGGCUAGAAGGCGAACUACGUCAAUUGGAACAGCUCGAUCAAGCUCUCGCCAGUAACGAGGCCAUACUUCACCAAAGCAUACAGGAGUGCGAUCGUACUAUAAAGACCACGAAAUCCAAGAAACAGCCACCAAUCGACGAUGUAUUGAUAGCUCCUACCAUGGUUGCGAAUCAGCUGUGGACUCUGUGUGCAGAGGAAGCAGCCAGUAGGGAAGCCAUGUACGUGUUGCAGAAAGCUGUGGACCGAGGACGAGUCAGCGGAAAUGAUUUCGUUCGACAGAUGAGAGGCCUCGGUCGGGAGUGCUUCUUGAAGAUGGCUCUCGCUCGGAAAUGCGCCAGAGGAAUGGGACUGAAAAUGAGAUGA